AAAAUAAACUUACAAUCCGUGGGAAUUCCAUUUAUGUACCCUGGCUGGCCAUCGUCAUUAUCCUAUCAUGAUCUCGCCAUCUAUUAUUAUCUAUUGCUUAUUUUUAUCUACUGUCUACGAUUUAUCUACUGUCUAUGUUAUUUACUAUCUACGAUUUACCAACUAUCUAUGUAUUUACUAUUAUCUAAUUAUCUUACUAAUACACUUGUUUAUUACUUGCACUUAGGUUGAUUCGAACUAGGGACUUAGACUAUAUACUCUAUAGUAACAUUAGAUAUGGUCCGUAAUC